AUGGCACCCCACAAACACGAUAUUGAGAUCGCCCAUGUCAAAGAUGGGCGACCAGAUAGCGGGAGGAUCGUGUUGGUGGACAGAAUUUGGCCUCGCGGUCAACGCAAAGACGAAGCACCGUGGGACGAGUGGCUGAAGGCAGUCGCUCCAUCAACAGAGCUACGACAUUGGUACGGACAUGACCCAGACAAGUACGAGGAGUUCGCCAGCCGGUAUAGAGACGAGCUUCACGACGAAGAGCCUGCAGGGGCUUUCAAGUACCUUCAGGAUCUUCACCACAGUGGACAGCUGGUGCUGAUGACUGCCACCAAGGACCUGGAACUGAGUCAAGCUCAUGUUCUGUCAGAUAUGCUUGCAGAGUGA